UAGUGUGGACGGUAGGAAUAAAGCUGAGUUUUCAAAUUCUCCAGCAUGGUGUGGACGGGGCCUUGGGCUUUAUCUGUCUUCACUUUAAAUCUUUAAAUCUUCUUCAGAAAAUCUGGUGUGGAAGUGAGUUGUUGUAGCUUAUUUGGAAGUACUUAGCCAUCCAGAUAAAAAUAAAAGCAGCCAGUCGUUAGUGCCGAAAAUAUUUAUCAUAUGAAAGACUACUCAGCCGCUGAAAAGCAACACGGCCUGCUGUGAUAAAUCGGAGUAUUAACUAUUCUUGUCACUACAUACGAUCAUUUUCAAAAUUUAAUUUUUAGCACGUUGAUGAAUAUAUUCACACAGUGAGCGCUUACUGCCCGUCUUCUUUAGAAUAGAUUCUUUUUUCAUUUCCGUGUUCUUGACUAGCUUUAAAAUUAAACAACGUAGCGACAGUAUUUUUGUAAAAUAUAAGGGAUAGAAUUUUCGAUUUUUGACGACAUACGAUGUACAUUUAUCAAUAAUCCGUACUUUGCAAUUAAAGCCGAUUUUUACCGUACUUUCAAGUGUUGUUAAGUUAUAAUAAGUAAGAGAUGAUCCCUUAAGUCGUUUAGGAGGAGGCAAUAAUUAUUUAUUUGUCCUGUGCAGUCAGUGAACUUCAGGACUGCCAGAACUUGCCAGUAUGUGUCCCAGCCACAGUUAAGUUUAUAGAUGCUUGUCCUAGCACUAUAUCCAGAAGUAACACUAAACUUCUGACCGCACCUCAAGCUUGAAGAGUCUAAAUGGUGUGAAAACGGGUUGAACUCUUCACGAGAUAAAAAUUACCCUGAAGUAACUGGUAACCGAGUUACAAGGGUGAUACUUCGUACGAAAUUUGUGGUGCAUUAAAACUUUGCGAAGAUAGUUUGUUUCUUACUUGUUUGGGUCGAACUCUCAGACGAUUUUUUUAUUUUCCUAUUCAGCAACCCCAGUCCAAUCCUUGCUUAACUAAAAACAGAGUACCGGAAACAGAAAAUAAACUUCGACUAAAUAUUUAAAGGAAUUGUUUUUCUUUUAGCAAAAUACAUCUUCUAAUUUUCUUUCAGUCCAUACCUAAAAGCACUCUUGUUCUCUUCUGAUCACCACGAGCAGAGUCCGAUGGGACGGGACGGGACGCCUUGAGAUUUGUCUGGACGCGACAAAUUCGUACUACCUUGCUUCUACUGAAAACCAUUUUAUCACUUUAUUUGUUUCUGUUUUUUUUUUUUUCUAGGUAGAGACCAUUGUUACGCACUGUUUUGAAACAUCUUUUGUGAAAAUCCCAUUCGUAACAUACAAGAACGCAGAGACCCCAUACCUCCCCUGUUGAUCUCAUCAUGACCACGCCCUCGUUUAGACGUGCGUUUUGACCGAAAGAGGGUCGAAAGACUGGUACUAAUAAAAUACAAGAUGGCGGAAAGUUCAGGCGACGAAGAUUACUGUGAGGUAGAUUUCGUGUUUUACCGUGAUCGGGAGGAAUGGAAAGAUGUCACUCCUAUUGAACAAGAUGAUGGACCUUCAGCUAACUAUACUGUGUGGCAUUUUCGAAGAGUUUUGUUGAAAUCCCUCAACAAGGACUUACAACAGGAAUUGCAAUACGUGAGUCAAGUCAUUAAAGAUCAACCAAAGAACUACCAAGUUUGGUAUCACAGAAAGGUUAUUGUUGAAUGGCUCAAAGAUCCAAGUGAAGAACUGCAGUUUACUGCAGACAUUCUACAACUAGAUGCCAAAAACUAUCAUGCAUGGCAACAUCGACAGUGGGUCAUCAAAGAAUUUAGUUUAUGGGAAAAGGAACUUGAUUAUGUCGAUAAACUUUUAACUGAAGAUCUCAGAAACAACUCUGCAUGGAAUCAAAGAUAUUUUGUGAUAUCUGAAACAACUGGUUUUAUUGAGGACAUUGUGCAUAGAGAAGUAAGAUUAACGGUGGAUCUCAUAAAGAAAGUGCCUAAUAAUGAGAGUGCUUGGAAUUACUUAAAAGGUGUUCUUCUCCAGACUGGUCUCAGUAAAUAUCCAGGUUUGAAGAACACCUUGUUAGAAAUGUACAGUAAUGGAAUUGAUUCACCAUAUUUAAUGUCAACAUUGAUUGACAUCUAUGAAGAGGAACUUGAGAGGGGUCUCACUGAUUCAAACUGCCUUGAACAGGCUUUAGAGCUGUGUCAUAAACUUGCAACAGAUGUUGACCUCAUCAGAAGAGAGUACUGGCAUUACAUAUCACGCAGUCUGAAGAGCAAAUUUGGGCAGCCACAAUAACACCAUCAUAUUAAAUGAUGGCAUUAACAACUGUUAAUUAAAUAAUAAUUUUUAAAAUGCUGAUUGAAAUAUAUACUCAGCAAAAGCAAAAAGUGCACUUAAGCAUCAUUUAUUUGUUCACCAAGUUCUUUCAGCCAAUGGUUUUGUUUGCAG